GGAGACUACAGCAAACGAGUGUAUCAAGGCGUGAGAGUGAAGCACACAGUCAAAGAUCUCCUGGCAGAAAAGCGAUCCAGGCAGACAAGUAACUCAAGAUUUAAUGGCAGUGUCUGUUCCUCCCAGUCUCCAUUUGUGCAGAUGCCAGGUUCACCUGCCAUGUCGGGUUACUACGGCGUCAGAAGAUCCUUCUUAUCCGACUCAGACUUCCACAGCAGCAAACAGUUCUCCAGCGACGUCUACGCCUCCAGCGUGGCGAAGCCCUUUCCCGGCGAGCCCCCCGCGGGCCCGAGCCCCGCGGCCCUCCUGGAGCCCUACCUCGCGGAGCCCUACGGGGACCACCGCGCCCAGGCGCUCGCCCCCAGCGCGGGGUCCCUGUUCGGCGCCGCCCCGCUGCCGCCGCUCCUGCCGCCGCCCUUCCCCGGCGACCCCGCGCCUUUGGUCUUCAGGGACUCAUGGGAGCAGACGAUGCCUGAUGGUCUCAGCCAGCCAGACCCUGUGCCCGCCGAAGCCCUGCAGACUUUGCCACCCAGCACGAGUUGCCUUUCCCAGCUCGAGUCCGGGAGCACCGUCCAGCACAGGGGCGCGAGCUGGGGGUCCUCCCUCGCUGGAGCUCAGUCCUACUCGCUGCAUGCCCUGGAGGACCUGCACCAUGCUCCGGGGUACCCCGCCCCGCCUCCUUACCCCUUCACCCCUUUCAUGACCGUGUCCAACGACCUACCGCCCAAGGUGGUGCCGCUCUCCCCUGAUGAGGAGACAGACACCGCUUCCCUUCAUGACCCUUCACCUUGGACCAAAGAAGAUGGGAGCAUUGCCUGGGGCUCAUAUGAGUGCCGCAGAGCCUUCUGAGGGGUGGACCCACAGGACGUCUGUGCUUUUCUCUAACUAAGUUGAGUUCCGUCUUCCACAGAUUGUUUGAGGUGUGUGGCUUGUUCAGAACUGGAUUUUCAGGAUAAACCCUCAAACCACUCUUUGGUAAUGGAUGGUGGCGUUUAUUCAUAAUCCUCCCUACCAUAACCCCACUGAAAUAAAACACAAUGUUAAUUCAAUAUACCACGGACUGCAUUCUAGCGAGACAACUUUACAGUGUGGUCUUUUUGGAAUUUUUGUGACCCAUUACAUUCUGAAUCUUCUGUUAUCUUUGAAGUAUCGUUUUUGGCAUGAUUUUUUUCCUUAAAUUACAUUAAAAAGUUUAUGCAG